GUCAUUCUCUAUAUGCUUCCAUUGGACAAAAAAAUCGUUAUCCUCAUUGGCUGCCUGUGCACCCACGGCUUUUGGCCAAUCACAAGAGACUUUUCAACCCAACCCAGAAGAUAAAAAGGCGGAUUCAAGCUUACUGCUAUGUAGUUUUUUCUUUUUUUUUUUUCCACGUUUUCUACUCGUGGUGCUGUAUACAGAAAAUGUCAGGUCGUGGUAAGCAGGGCGGGAAGGCGCGGGCCAAGGCCAAGUCUCGCUCCUCGCGGGCCGGGCUGCAGUUCCCGGUGGGCCGCGUGCAUCGUUUGCUCCGGAAGGGUAAUUAUGCCGAGCGGGUAGGGGCUGGAGCCCCGGUCUACCUGGCGGCCGUGCUGGAGUACCUGACGGCCGAGAUCCUGGAGCUGGCGGGCAACGCGGCGCGGGACAACAAGAAGACGCGCAUCAUCCCCCGCCACCUGCAGCUGGCCAUCCGCAACGACGAGGAGCUCAACAAGCUGCUGGGCAAAGUGACGAUCGCGCAGGGCGGCGUCCUGCCCAACAUCCAGGCCGUGCUGCUGCCCAAGAAAACCGAGAGCCACAAGGCUAAGGCUAAGUAAAUCUUGAUAACAAUACACCCCAAAGGCUCUUUUCAGAGCCGC